AUGUUCCCCAAUUCUCAUCUAUUACUCAAACUCCGGUGCAUUGCCUCUGCCUCGAAACGUCAGUUCUCAACAAUCGCUGCUGCUCGAAAUACCGCCACCUAUUCGACAAUAUGCGAAAAUCAAGCUGAAAACCAUACGGAAGCAGCUAUAGAGCAUCCGAGGGACUCUACGGACCUUUUCAGGAAAUGGGGUUGCAGCGAAAAUGAUUUAAUGAAGAUCUUUUCACGCCAGCCUGCUUUGCGCCAUGCUCAAGUUGCUCCCCUUUUACCCAAACUCAAGUUGCUCAGUGGCUUGGGACUCACAACUUCCGACAUUGUUAAGAUGAUCAAUUGUCGCCCUUGUUUCUUUUGUUCUCGCAUCAAUCAUUGCUUCGACGAGCUGCUUGAUUUUUUCCAGACGCUUUUCGGGCCGCAAGAGAUGAUGCGUAAAACCCUUGUUAGGAACCCUUCGCUUCUUACAUAUGAUUUCCGCAACACGAUCAAACCAGUCAUUGCGUUGUAUGAAGAAAUGGGCAUUACCGGAAAUGAUUUGAUUGUCAUGCUCAUUUAG